UUUAGAUGGCAGGAGCAGGUCAAAGAAUGUCGGUCGAAUUUGUAGUUAAAUAUAAAUAGAUAAUAGAACCGUCAAAAAGUUAACGGCGACCUAACCACACUUUUAUUAUAAUAAACCACCUUGUUAAUAAAAAUAACUAGCUUUUCCUAGUUUUUUUUUCUGAUUUGAGGCAUUAACCAGUCUUGUGCUACGAAAUGCUGACGAAGAAGCUGAUUUUCAUGAAUGCUCUCAAGUGUAAAAUGAUCUUCAACAAGUUUCACACCAAUCAAUGUUGCAUGGAAAUACAAAAACUCACAAGAUUGAGGGUAGUCGACAACAGUGAAAUUGGAAAACAAGCCAUGGCAGAGGGCAAACCCCCAAAGUGUAUUCAUGUUUAUAACAAAACAGGAGUUGGAAGGAUAGGUGAUAAAGUCUUAGUAGCGAUCAAAGGUGAAAAGAAAAAAGGCAUCCUAGUUGGAUUGAAGCAGAAUCAGAAGCCGAUGGUACCAAAGUUUGAUAGUAAUAACAUUGUUCUGAUAGAUGAUAAUGGUACACCGUUAGGCACAAGAAUCCAUGUUCCAAUACCUACUAUAUUGAGGACUAUUCUUAAGGAGAAGACUCACACAAAAGGGGCUGAUUAUACAAAAAUAUUAGGAAUAGCUUCUAGGUUUGUUUGAAUUCAAGUGUUAAUAAAAUGUUAGAUUUUUAUAAAUUGUCAAGGCUUUAAUAUUAAAUCGAUAUUAAUAUAGUCUAGUGUGGUUAUUAGGGUAUUAAAAAAUUCCUACAAAUAUUGCAUUGCAGCACUUUACCACAUUUAGGGACUUUUAAAAUGCUGUACAGAAUAUUAAAAGGUAACAUUAUCAUUACAUAAAUUCUUAAAUGCCAACUGCUGUGAGAGAUAACUUUAUACCUACAUAAUCCCCUAAGGAAUUUUUAAGAAUUAGAGUCAUGUCUUUCACAGAAAAUAAGAUUUGUAUGAAAUCAUUUGCAAUCCAGGUAAACAAGACUAUACCUAAUAAAGUUGUCAGGAGUCAACUAUGAACUAUGGUCAAAACUGAAAUUCCACAACCUGGCUUGGUGGGUUAUACCUUAGAUUGAACUCAAUUAUUUCCUUGAGAGUAUGGUUCUGUCUUGAGACAUGCUUAAAGUUUCAGCAUUUUGACAGCUUUUCCAUUUUCUCUCUAUGCCUUUGGCAAAAAACUCCAUUCAUGCACUUAUGAACAAAAAUGAUCAUUCCCAUGUUUUAUGGUGCACUGAGUCUAUUUUUCAAACUUCUGGGAUGGUGCAGAGUGAGUAAAGAGGCUAAAUUAGGAAAAUUGAGUUUGAUUCUCAUUGGAAAAUGGUUCUUCUCAAGUACUGAGUAAAGCUACAAUAAUUGCACACAAUACUGUGCCUAAAAAACUAGUAGACAAUCCAGUCCUGUAAGAAAAUUUGUGAAUUAUCCCAAUUUUUUUGUAAGAAUUGUUAUUAAAUUGAAAUUAUAAACAUUUAUAAUUUUUUAUUACACGAG